AUGGUCGACAUAUGCAUCACCAUCCCCACUAUUCUUAUAGUUAACAUGGAAUAUGGAAUGACAGGGCGAAAGAUGAUUGCUGGAAGUAUGAUUGGGGGUAUGAAGGACACAGAAGAGAUGCUUGAAUUUGUAGUAAAACAUAUCAUAAAAUCAGAUAUCGAGCUUAUUUUUAUACAAGAUGUGAACAAAGCAAUGAAACGUCUUGUGGAAAACAAAAUUCCAUUCCGAUUUGUUAUCUACAUAGGAAACACCCUCAAGCCGGCAGCGUAG